CCUCCAGCCCAGCGGGGCCCUUAGCAGAGCCUCUCCGAUCCUCGGUGCCUCCCCUGCAGGGCAGCGGGGUUCGCUGGGCCGUUCUUGCGGGGCACAGGGCGGGAGUCUGGCCCUGGUGACAGAACAUGAAGCAGGGCGUCUGGCCCCAGAGCUGCAGGCGGGCAGGUUGUGCGGCCUCUUACACUCCUCUGCCAGUCUGGGCCUGUCGGCCUCUUCAGCCUGGCUCGCUCUUGCUGCUAUGAGGAGAAGACUGGGGACCGCUGGCACAAAAGUUGCUAGAACUCUUUCAGAGAAGCUGGGAUCUAGACCCGCCAGGAGUUUCCACUGAAAGGACGGUGCUCCUAACCCCCCACAGCUCCUCUGCCCUGGGAUAACUCCUUAGUGUGUGCUGCUUCCCUGGACCUUUCCUUUGGGACACACACAUCAGGGCCUGUCGAGCUUGAGUGACACCUACCUUCUUGCAUUUUUGAGGUUCCUGAUAUUUAAAAAGCAAGAUGAUAAACAGGAUUGAAAGCUGUGGUAUAUUUUGGAUGUUUACAUUGAACAAAUUAACCCUUCAAACACAUAUGUAACCUUAUUGUAUGUAUGUGCAUAACCUUAUUUGGAGAUAAGAUCAGAAAUGUAAUAUAAGGCCUUUGGUGAACUUGAGGACCUGAACAGAUAACCCCGCUUCAAUAUUCCACAGGCCCACACAUCUAGGCAUUUCCUAGGACAGUGUGGUCAAGACACCUGCCCUAGCUCCUUCCCCACUCAAUUGCCUGGGCACCUGUGAAGAAACCUCUGCGUGAAGGGUGUGGUGGAGCCUAUGGGGUGGAAUAGGGAGAGAUUCUGGGAUAAACCUGGGGAUGGGGAUGAACUGUGUUGGCUCUAGGCUGGCUCUCUGUGAUGGAAGACUCCUGAAUAGAUUCCGACUCCACUAGGAUGGCAGAGGAACUUUUAAAUUUCCAGGGAGAUCUCCUGCUUCCCAGCUCCAGUUAGGUUGGAGGUGGCCACUAGGGAAGAUUUUCCAACCUCUUCCAGACCCCAGCCCUGGGGCACCUGGCUGUCAGGCACAUAGAUAUCCAGCUACUGGGGAGUGACUUGGUGUGAUCUCUGCCCAGGGGACUGCCAAGGCAAAUUGGAGUCCAAGGUGGAGGUGGUCAGGAAACCCUGUCUUCAAAGAUGAAUGCCUUGACUGGCAUGAGGGGAAAUAGAUGGAGGCCAGAAAAGGCUAAGCAGGAAGGAAGCUGCUAGGACCAGGCAAGGUGGUGGCUUGGGAGAUGGGCAGGCAGCUUCCCUGCCCGGGGAAGGGUAGAAGAGGGACAGCAGAGGGCAGACCAGUGGGAAAUAAGACUGCUUCUGGAAUACCCAGGUGUGGAAUGUAGCCAGUCAGUCACACAGCUAGUUAAUCCUACUUAACUAGCUGUGUGACCUUGGUCCAGUUAUAGGGCAUCUGAGUCUCAGUUCCUCCUCUGUGGCAGUGACUUUGGUGAGGAGUAUGCUUAUGUAGAUUGCCAGGCACAGUGCUUUUCUUCCGUGGCUUUUCCUCUUUACCUUGGCUUUCCCUCUGACUUGUGCUUUCCUGAAAGCUGAACGUGUUCGUUGUUGAGGGCAGGUGAGGUGGGAGAAAACCCAGACUUGGCAGGUAGCUGAGACCCUGGGUGGGUGGCAGCCUCAAGCAGCGGGUCUUCAAGGUUUGCCCUUGCCAUAUUCAGGGAGAAGAAAGGAAGGAACCCCUCCAUCUGGCUUCCUGGGUCCUAGUCUUUUCUCCCAUUCUUUCCCCUUCCCUGCAGGUCCAAUGAGCUGGUUUUUUCCUCAACUGACCCCAAGACUUCCUGGACCUCUCCUUGUUUCCCCUGCUACCCAAAACUUCUUGGGUGCUCACCAGUUCUUCAGUCCUCCUCUCUUUGGACCCAUAGCACCCAGAUUGCCUGGGUUCUAAUUCUGGUUCCAACACUGGCUCGUUACCUUGGCAAGUUCUGUGACUUCCUGGAGCCUCUGGUUCCUUGUCUGUAAAGUGGGAGUGUUGAUCAAACUUUUAGCAUUUACUUGUUAUGAGGAUUAAGAGAAUCCCAAGAACAGGAUCUGGCUCAUGAGGUGCAAAUUUUGGACAAAGGCAACUACUAUUAUUGUUAUUUGGUGAUGGCCCUGUGGUGGCACUAGCAUGUCAAGGACAUGGUGCCUGUCCUCAAGAAAUAUAUCAUGUAGCUCAUGCUUGAAUCCAGUCAAUACCUUCCCGCUGACCCUGGAAUAAAAUCCAAAUGCUCCAUGGUAGCCUGGAGGACCCUAUGUGAUCUGCUCCCUGCCUACCUCUUUCACCUCAUCUCAUCUCUCCUCCUUAUCUCUUGUUCAUCAUCGACACUGUCCUUUCUGUUUCUCAAAUAUGCCAUGCUGUUUUCCACCUCUAGGACUCUGCAUGUCCUGCCCUCUCUGCCUAAACCACUUCCCCCAGACCCUUUCCGUCAUCAGGUCAAAUCCUGCAUCCUCAGAAAGGCCUUUCCUGGCUUUCCAACUUAAAGUUGCCCCGCCUUCCUCUCUCCCACCCCCAGUAACUACCUAUCUCAUAAUGCUGUUUCAUUUUCUUCACAGCACUUAUUAUUAUCUUGUUUCCUUGUUUGUCAUCUCUCUUCUCCUAAAACGUAAGCUUCAUGAGGCAGGGACCUUGUCUGGCCUGUCCGCCUCUGCAUUUCUAGCAGUUAGAAUAGUGCUUGGAACACAGUAGGUGCACAAUAAAUAUUAGGUGAGUGGAUGAGUGAACGAAGGCAGCCAUGACCAUAGGACAAAGCUGAGUAAGCUGAGGGGCCUCCUGGGGAAGGCUCCAGCCCUGGGCUAAAGACAUGGGUUUGUUGGGUUCCUUGUUCUGCUAACUCUGAUUCUCCAUGUGUCUCCCAGGGUCUAGACUGAGUUCUCCUUGAAGGCUGCUCCUGAGCCUAGGCAUUUUUGUAGCUAAACCAUUACCAAUCAGAAAGUGGGAGCACUGUUCUGGGGGCCUCCAUCUGUGCCAGGUGUUCAACCUUUAGUUGCUGGAUCAUAGGGAGGUAUGGUAAGGUGAUGUCCCAAGGCUGAGGGAAGCUUCUACUUACCAGCAGGUGCAGAAGUAUUUCAACAUUUUGACGUUCAGUGCCCUAGCUUCACGUACAGUGAGUGCUGAUGAGCUUCGAUAGGCCCUGAUGAGGCCUAUGGAUUCAGCACUAUUUCAGGAGCUGAGAUCUGGAGCAGUUAAGCUGAUUGGCACCUUUGUGGCCAUCCAGGUUAAUGUUCCCCCCAAUCCCCGCCCACCCAAACCCAUCCACUUCUACAAUUGAAGAGGGAGGAGCAGAGAGAGAGGGCCCAAGGUCCAGAGCUGGUCAUUGGCAGGGCCAAGACUUCAAGGCAGCAGGUGGAAACUUGCAUAUCUUCCUGAGAAGGGGCAGGGAAGACAUAUUCUCACGUUCUGCAAGCCCCAAGAGCCUUUCCAAGCCAAGAUUGGGAAGUGUAUUCCACCACAUCUUCCCUGCCCUUUCCUGGCAGGUGCUUCUCUCUUUCCUCAGGGCCACAGGGACGGGAAUCCCAGGAAGGUCUCUUCAGCUGCCAGGUCAGGCCUAGGCAGGUGAAGACGUGCUGGGAGGGAACCUUGAUGUCAUGUGACAUGCAGACCUUCCUUUGUUCCCUGCCUCCAGCCUUCUCCCUAUUGUCACCCGCCUAUCCUCACACCCCCAAGGGUUCCCUGGAACCUGAAGUGACUCAGGGAUUCCAAAACUAGUCACCUCAGGAGGAAACCCCACUGGAAAAUGUUUCUCAUGACAGGGAGUCACCCUAAGGAGUCCCACAAAGCUGCUACUGAGAUAAGGACAGAGGGUGAGCAAGUGGGGUGGGGUGGGGGCAUGUGGCUCAGAGCACAGGUUCUCAGGUAAGUUCUGGUCAUCAUGGGGAUGGGAAAAGCCAACCCUUCCUGGAGGGGUUAUCCCUCUGUCCUAAAGGGACACCCCAAAGGACUCUUCUGAAGGGCGACGUUCCUGGUGACCUAGGCUGGGUCCUUCCUGUAGUGUCAGCAAGUGAAACAGGGAGCUGGGAUCACUUCUGGCUCCUUUGAACAUCCCCUCCUGGGCAGGGGUCAAGAUAGGAGAUCUGAGCCAACUCCAAUUCUAUUACCUUCUUAGCCCUGAGGUUCUGAUUGGUGAGAGUGAGAUCCAUACGAAUCCAGCUCUCCUGAAACAGUACUGCCUCGUAAGAGUCUGUUUUGGGAUUGAGGUUUUCCCAGGAGCACCAGAAGUCACCUUGAGGCCAUGUCUGCCAGACCAAAGGCUAGGAAAGGGAGCUAGUACAGUGAAUCCCAACAGCAGGGCUGGAUGCCUAAGCAGGCAGACACACCCUGUGGCCCUCAGCAGGUGUUGUUGAAACUUGUCCCAACCCAAGCCCAGGUGAGUAGGAAAGCAUUCACUGUGGGGCACCCCUUCCAUUAACAGCCAAAUGGGGGUAGGCACGGUGUGGCACUUCCAUGCCAGGUUAGAUGUGGAAUAAUUGGUCAGAGCUGGAAUGGGAAACCAGCUCAGCCUCUUUCUUUGUGAUCUUGGGUAAGUUUCUAAAUUUCCUUGGGCCUCAGUUUCCUCAUCUGUAAUAUGGGGAUAAUAGUUUCCAUGUCAUGGUUUCAUUGUAAGGAUAAAAUGAGAUGAUGCAUGCCCAGGGCUUAGCACCAUGCCCGGCACAUGUAAGUGCACAGGAGCUGAGGCCAGCAGGAUAUGGAAGGGAGAGGACGUCUGCAAGUACUGGGGGCAGAGGGUGAGGCAGUGAGAGUAGGGCCAUGAUACUGGCCUCAUGACUCUUCCUGAGUGCCCCAGCUCUCCCAGCCACCACCUGCUUCUUCUAAGUGCCCCCCUUCCCACAGUUCCAGGUGCCCCAAGACUCACCAGAGCAGAGCAGGUUCUCCCAAUUUUCCAGAUCGCCCUCUGACCUCAUCACUUCUCUCUUUUGGGGCUGCUUUGCUCUAAUGCAUUGGAAAGAUUCCUCCUCACUUUGCAAUUUAAGUUAUUCCUGGUUCCUUUUGUUUAUUUCCUGAGUCCUUGGUUACUAGAGGAGUAUUUUCUAAGGGAAAGCACAUGCAAAUCAAGCCGCAUCAUUCUAGGGGCAAUGUCUGCGUAUGGGUAUGUUGGGUGGGUGUGGGGGAUGAGGCAGGCCAAUAGGCAAGCAUUAAGAGAAGGACCUUGGGGGGAAGGACGGGCUGGCCCACUCUCAGCACAGUGUCUCUCAAGCAGCCUGGAGCCGGCUGACCUGUGUCUUUGGGGUCAAGUUCAACUCUAAGCCCUUCUGGGGCACACAUACUCCCUCCUGGCUGACAGUGGCCCAUGUUUCUGGGCCUGCUGAGGCUGAGUGGGCUCACUUCGUGGCCUGAAAGCAGUAGCUGGCCCUGUCAUAGGCUUGGUCCCCACGGCUCUGUGAAUGAGAGCAGGUUGGUCCCUGGAACUGAGACCUCCUUCCUAUUGGGUCUUAGGUGAGGCUGUUUCAGUUUCCCUCCUCUUCCUUGCUUCACCUUCUCAUUUGUGCAAUGGGAACACUCACCCACAGCUUCUUCCAUCAGACCCUGCCCAUCCAGCCAACAAACUCAGGAAGUCAGGGCCUUCUGGCAGCCCUGUGAGGGUAGGCUUGUAUCCCCGGGCGGGGGGCAGUGACUGGCGAGGGCAAGGGGGAGUUAGGGAGCAGGUCAUGGACAAUGGGGGAGAAGUCACAGAUGAUAGGGGUCAUAGAAUUUUGGGAUCAUCAAAAAUGUGGAAGAGGUCAUAGAACAAAGGGGAUAGGAGUCAAAGGUUAUCUAAGGGAAAGGAAAUAAUCACGAAGGUGGAUGAUCAGGAGGACACCUGAGAAGAGGGGAAUGGUGAAACCAGACCCUGGAUGGGAGCAGAAUGGAUCAUGGAAAUGAGGCCUCUUGAAGGGAGGCCACAAGACAUUUCCUAAUUUUGGCUGCCAAACCAACCAGGGAAAUUCUGCUAAUGCCAGUUCACAAGAACACAGAACAGCAGACCGCUAUUGCUUUGACCCCACGGCUAGAAAAGUUCAAAGAGCAAAGUUUACCCAAUCAGCUACCAGGCAUAUAAUGAUGGUCAUCACAACUUCCAUGAGUAUUGCAUUUUAAGCAGCCUUUGGAAAUACUUUCAGAGUAUUUUUGUUUUGUUUUGUUUUUUAAUCUCGUCACUCCCUAAAAAGAUAGUGGAAAUAAAUUUGAAUAAACAAAACAGACUUGCUGAAAAUAAAAUCAGGACUCCUAACCUGCUCCAGUCAGCCUGCUUCCACGAGGCCUGUCAGCCAGUGCUCCACCUGACUGAGUGUGCAGUGCCCAGCAUGUACCAGGUGGUUGCAUUCUUGGCAAUGGUCAUGGGAACCCACACCUACAGCCACUGGCCCAGCUGCUGCCCCAGCAAAGGGCAGGACGUGUCUAAGGAGUUGCUGAGGUGGAGCACUGUGCCUGUGCCUCCCCUAAAGCCGGCUACCCUCAACCACCACCCAGUAUCCUGUAGGGCCAGUGAAGAUGGGCCCCUCAACAGCAGGGCCAUCUCCCCCUGGAGAUAUGAGUUGGACAGAGACUUGAACCGGCUCCCCCAGGACCUGUACCACGCCCGUUGCCUGUGCCCACACUGCGUCAGCCUACAGACAGGCUCCCACAUGGACCCCCGGGGCAACUCGGAGCUGCUCUACCACAACCAGACUGUCUUCUACCGGCGGCCGUGCCAUGGCGAGAAGGGCACCCACAAGGGCUACUGCCUGGAGAGCAGGCUGUACCGUGUUUCCUUGGCUUGUGUGUGUGUGCGGCCCCGUGUGAUGGGCUAGCCGGACCUGCUGGAGGCUGGUCCCUUUUUGGGAAACCUGGAGCCAGGUGUACAACCACUUGCCACGAAAGGCCAGGAUGCCCAGAUGCUUGGCCCCUGUGAAGUACCGUCUGCAGCAGCAAGAUCCCAGGACAGGAUGGGGGGCUUCGGGGGAAACCUGCACUUCUGCACAUUUUGAAAAGAGCAACUGCUGCUUAGGCCCACUGGAAGCUGGUGUCCUGUCAUUUUCUCUCAGGAAAGGUUUUCAAAGUUCUGCCCAUUUCUGGAGGCCGCCACUCCUGUCUCUUCCUCUCUUCCCAUCCCCUGCUACCCUGGCCCAGCACAGGCACUUUCUAGAUAUUUUCCCCUUGCUGGAGAAGAAAGAGCCCCUCAUUUUAUUUGCUUGCUUGUUUACUCAUCACUCAGUAAGCAUCUACUUUGGGUGCAUUCUGGUGUAGUUACUGGUCUUUUGACAUGGAUGAUUCUGAGGAGGAAGCUGUUAUUGAAUGUAUAGAGAUUUAUUCAAAUAAAUAUCUUUAUUU